CUCUGUUUACUGUCUUUGUCUCUUGAGUGAUUGAUGAUGGCUAAUGAGAAGGGUCUGAUCGUGAGUUUCGGGGAGAUGCUGAUCGACUUCGUCCCCACCGUUUCGGGCGUUUCACUGGCCGAAGCCCCAGCUUUCUUGAAGGCCCCCGGUGGCGCCCCCGCCAACGUGGCGAUCGCUGUGGCUCGGCUCGGCGGCAACUCCUCCUUCGUCGGGAAGCUCGGCGACGACGAGUUCGGGCACAUGCUUGCCGGAAUCUUGAAAGAGAACGGUGUCUCCGGGCAGGGCAUCCUGUUCGACCAAAACGCACGCACCGCUCUGGCUUUUGUCACCCUACGCGCUGAUGGAGAACGAGAGUUCAUGUUUUACCGGAACCCUAGCGCCGAUAUGCUGCUCAAGCCCGAAGAGCUCAAUUUGGAGCUGAUCAGAUCCGCCAAAGUGUUCCAUUAUGGAUCAAUAAGCUUGAUCGUUGAGCCAUGCAGGUCGGCACAUCUGAAGGCAAUGGAGGUCGCAAAAGAUGCCGGUGCCUUACUUUCCUACGACCCGAACCUCCGACUACCAUUGUGGCCUUCACCUGAGGAGGCCCGCGAACAAAUAAUGAGUAUAUGGGAAAAGGCAGAAGUGAUUAAGGUCAGUGAUGUGGAGCUUGAGUUUCUCACAGGAAAUCCCAACAUUGACGAUGAAUCUGCGAUGACUCUGUGGCACCCUAACUUGAAGCUCCUCCUUGUCACUCUUGGUGAAAAGGGUUGCAGAUACUACACUAAGAAUUUCCGUGGAUGUGUGGAAGCUUUUCAUGUAACUGCGGUAGAUACUACUGGUGCUGGUGAUUCAUUUGUGGGUGCUCUUCUCGCAAAGAUUGUUGAUGACCAAUCUGUUCUUGAUGAUGAGCAAAGGUUGAGGGAAGUACUCAAAUUCGCAAAUGCAUGUGGAGCAAUAACAACUACUCAGAAGGGAGCAAUUCCUGCACUCCCCACAGAGUCCGAAGUCCUCGCCCUAAUCAAAGAGGCAUAAUCAAUCUUUUAGUUUUUGUUUUUUGUAAUAGCAUAGAUUCUUUUUGCAGUUCAUCCAUCUUUCUAGGACUUCUGUGUUUUUAAACUUCAUUGCUUUUGAUUUGAGAUAGUUUUCCAACCUCAGUAAU